AUGGAGUCUACCUAUGGGGGAGGACUAUUGGACAUGAUGAAAGGUGGUGCAGGGAGACUCUUCAGCAAUUUAAAGGAUAACUUGAAAGACACUCUAAAAGAUACUUCUACUAAAGUGAUGCAAUCUGUUGCAAGCUAUACCAAGGGAGAACUAGAUAUUUCUUAUAUUACCUCAAGAAUUAUUGUGAUGUCAUUUCCGGGUGAAGGAGUCGAACUGGGAUUUAGGAAUCAUAUUGAUGAUGUGCGGACAUUUCUUGAUUCAAGGCAUCCUGAUCAUUACACAGUUUUCAAUUUGUCACCAAAGUCUUAUCGUACUGCACGGUUUCAUAAUAGGGUAUCUGAAUGUAGUUGGCCAAUUAGACAAGCACCAAGUCUCCACAAUCUCUAUGCUGUUUGUAAGAAUAUGCAUAACUGGUUGCAGCAGAACCCAAAAAAUGUUUGUGUCAUUCACUGUAUG